AUGUGGGCGUUAUUCACCGCGGCCCUCACUCGAGCGGACAGCACGACGCGCGUGAGCAUCGUCAACGUCAGCGCGAAUUUCAUGGUCACGGCAAUCCUAGGCUGGAUGAUCUUCAAUGAGAAAUUGAAUGGCACGUGGUGGGGCGGCGCGAGUCUUUUGGCCGCAGGCAAUGUGUUUAUUGGGAUGAGAGAGGAAGGCCAGAAACCUGGUGGUACCAUCGGGCUGGACGAGUCGGCCAGAGAGGCUGAGGAGGCUGAAGGUCUACUUGGGGUCAGUGGCCCUGAAAGAGGGAGAGACAUUGAAUUGGAUGAUGAGGCCGCCGCGGAUACACAUCUUCGGGCGAGGUCGAGUGAAGACCAUCGCAGAUUGAGGAAGGGGGAAGAUGCGGAUGAUCCGAUAUGA